ACAACUAUUAAAUUCGAAACCCACAAUUCCAAAAUUUCAAAUCUAAUCAAUAUAAAAACAUAGGACACUUUACUUUCUUAUAUAACUGUUCUCGACCUAUCCCUAUGCUUAAUUCUCUCCCCUUUUACCCCACAUCUUCAACUAUACCCCAUCCUUUUUGUUGCUUUUGGACAUAACGAACUUUAACUUUUCCAUGCUAUAUAUUAAUCUUAUGGCAAACCAUAAACCUCCCUGAAAGACCAUUCGAACAACAGAUUACCAUUGUAUACUGUUUAUAGUUUCUGUUUACAUAGUACCAGAGGAAGGAAAAAAAAUCCUAAAAUUGGGGUUGGCGCGUUCCACUGAUCCAGAAAUGAGCAUUGAAGAUCAGAUACAGGCGAGUGCGACGUAGGAGUGCUAGUUAUGGGUGGUGGUGGUGCUGGCCGUGGCAGCAGCAUUUUGAGGGGUUUCUUGAGAGCUAUUCUUUUACUUAGUUUUCUAUGUUUUGUAUCUGCUGAGAUUUUAGUGAAACAAAAAGCCAAAACUGUCACCAAAACAAUUACUGCGACAACAAGCAAUCAUUUAGACGCUAGGAGGAUAACAACAGAAACUGAAAGUCAUUUUCUUCUUUUUCAAAGGAAUACCAAUCUCAAUUAUGUCAGCAAAAGAAGAGUAUGGAGCGAACCUGAUCCCAUACACAACAGGGAAGCAGGAAAGUACAUGGAAACACGCAUUCGAGCUUGAGCUUAGGGGCAAAGUAAGAGGCUUCACAUUUGACAACUACUAUUGCAAAGAGUUUCGCCAAUCAACAAGAUUUUUUCUGCUUUCAUUGUGCAUUACACAUCUGAGUACUAAGCACCAUCUGUUUGUAGAGAAGCAAAUUGCAAUCAAGUGAAUGAAAAUUUCAGCUGCCAAAUCAAAUUCAAGAGGGCAAAUAGCCUUUAAAACGCCCAUUUGACUUCCAAUUUAGUGAAAAAAUCAUUCCCAAUCAGAAACAUAAAUUUUGCAAAAGGAACUAACAUUACUGAUCAACAAUAUAUUCCAAGACUAAUCAGAAGGUUUAAUUGCCAAUAACUCUGCCUUGGUUGUAUCUCCAUUGGAUAAAUUAAUCCCAAUGUAAAGGCAGAUAUUUUACCAAACCAAUCCGUUUGGGAAUAUAGCAUUGCCUGUAUAGGCAUUGCAUAGCUUUCCUUACUUUCAGAUAUUCGUCAGAAUCUUGUGCUUUUUCGCUUACUAAAGGGGAAAAAAAGGAAUCUUCUUUUCAUCAAACCUCCAAAAAGCAAACAUGUAGAAAUGAUACAAUAGAGUCAAUCUAGAGUAAUCAUCGACAAAUGUUGAAGCUAAGGCAGCAUAGUCUUUUCUCUUGUUUGGCUUAAGAUUCAAA